UGAUAACCUUCCACCCAUUCCAUACUAGCACCCGAGAAGCAUGGGACGUGAAGAUCGAGGAAGCGAGCGUGUUGUUCGACGUGAAAGAACCGACCGUGACCGUGAAGGGAAGGAGUUGCUGGAAGGAAAGCAAAUUGAGUUCACUACGACGGACGGCCUGGAUGUUGUGCCAACAUUUGAAGCAAUGGGAUUGAAGGAAGAUUUGCUUCGUGGAAUCUAUGCCUACGGAUUUGAAAAGCCGUCGGCCAUUCAACAGCGCGCAAUCCGUCCAGCAAUUCAAGGGCGCGACCUCAUCGCGCAGUCGCAGUCUGGUACCGGUAAAACGGCUGUGUUUUCCAUCUCAAUCCUCCAAACGCUCGACUGUGCCAGCAAUGAAACGCAAGCGUUGGCCCUCAGUCCUACUCGCGAAUUGGCUGAACAGACCCAAAAAGUGCUCCUGGCACUAGGAGACUACAUGAACGUGCAGUGCCAUGCUUGCAUUGGCGGGAAGUCAAUUGGUGAAGACAUUCGUAGACUUGAUUUUGGCGUCCAGGUAGUCAGUGGCACGCCCGGUCGUGUGUUUGACAUGAUCCGCCGACGGAAUUUGCGUACUCGAAACAUCAAGAUGCUCGUCAUCGAUGAAGCCGAUGAAAUGUUGAGCAAGGGGUUCAAGGAACAAAUCUACGAUAUUUACAGAUACUUGCCGCCGUCCACGCAAGUCUUGCUCAUUAGUGCAACCCUUCCCGCAGAAGUACUCGAAAUGACCAAGAAGUUCAUGAAUGAACCCGUCAAGGUGUUGGUGAAGCGCGAUGAGUUAACAUUGGAAGGGAUCAAGCAGUUCUUUGUCGCUGUCGAGAAAGAAGAGUGGAAGUUUGACACGUUGUGCGAUUUGUACGACACCCUUACCAUCACGCAAGCCGUGAUCUUUUGCAACACUCGGCGAAAAGUCGACUGGCUUACGAACAAGAUGCGCGAAGCUAACUUCACCGUCGCAUCGAUGCACGGAGACAUGCCGCAGAACGAACGUGACGCGAUCAUGCAGGAGUUCCGCUCAGGCGGGUCCCGCGUGCUGAUCACGACGGACAUUUGGGGUCGUGGGUUGGAUGUGCAACAAGUAUCGUUGGUAAUUUGCUACGACUUGCCUAGCAACCGCGAAUUGUACAUCCACAGAAUCGGUCGAUCGGGGCGCUUUGGGCGCAAGGGUGUGGCCAUCAACUUUGUCAAAGACGACGACAUUCGCAUUCUCCGCGACAUUGAGCAGUUUUACAGCACCCAAAUCGACGAAAUGCCCAUGAACGUGGCCGAUCUCAUCUAAGCCCAACCGAAUGUGCCCUCUUACUUUUCAUGCAUUGGAAGGGCGACGAUGUUGCUACUUGAUUCAAUAAACAUUAUUGAUUUUUUUGUUUUUCA